AUGUUACUCUUUAUAAGUGCGUCCCAAGCCGAUCACAGUGUUGAAGAAAGAUGUAGUAACUCUUCACAGUCGAGCCUGUUAUUUGAACCUUCGAAGGAUGGUGUGGAAGGACGGUACACGGUGGAGUGGUGUACGAAGGCCGAUUAUAAUGUUACAAAGUGGGAGUUAGUGUUACGUUACAUCGAAUCUCGUGCUCCAAAAAAGUGUCAAACCUAUAAAGUGGGCUUCCCAAUAGGACAGUCGCAUUCAAGAUUGGAAUUGCCUGUUACAAUUGAUUCAAACUGUAGUCAUGUCUGUCUUUCAACCUAUUUGGAUUUAAUAUUCAAUGGUACCUGCUACCACUUGAGAACACUCUUAAGAAGCAACACAGGCAUCAGCGGCUCUGGUGACUCCCUGCACUAUGUCAUCAAUGACUACACUAAACAACACUUCACAGGCAGUAAGGCUGUAGUGUCUGUACAGAGUUAUGAAAGUGGCGUGGAGCUCAAUUGGUACCUGGGCUUCAUCCCCGCCACCGACUACUCUGUGUACAUCUGGGACAAGGACACCGAGUCGUCACCGUUGGAGCUGCAGUGCUCGGCGGGCGGGUCCCUGCUGAGCGAGGUGAAGUGCGUGGCGCAGCUGGCCGCCCGCUGCUACACCGCGCACCUCACUCACCGCGCGCCCUGGAUCGCCGCGCCCUCCGUCUUCGGCCACCUCGCCAAUAUCGAAUACGUGUUCUGUCACUCCCCGGGCGUGGUGCCGGUGGUGCCGUCCGACCGGUGGUGGGGGUGGCGCGAGUGGUGGCGCGUGCUGUGCUCGCUGGCCGGCGUGCUGCUGCUGGCGGGGCUGCUGCUGUGGACGCUGAGGAAGAGACUCGUGGCCGCCUGGAAGAGACGCGUGCGGGACCGCUGGCUGGCCGAUUCCAGCAGUGGGUCGUCGCCGGUGAAGGUGUGUCCGGGUGAGGGCGUGAUCCUGCUGCUGUACGCGCGGGACUGCGUCCUCCUGGAGCGCGCGGCGGAGGCUCUGCGCGGGCUGCUGCAGGUCGCCACGGGCCGCCAGGUGCUGGACCUGUACAGCAGCUCGUCCGUGCGGCUGUGGGCGCGCUCCGGCGAGGACUGGCUCCGCCUGCUCAUGUCAAGGGAGGACACGCGCGUCGUGCUGCUGCAGACGCCGGCCGGCACGCUGCUGUCCGCCGACCUGAUACACACGCGCCACGGACCCACCCCGGGCGCCCCUCUGCUGCCGACCCGCGCGUGUUCCCGCCGCCCUCACCCCGGUGACUCCCUCCUGCCGCUGGCUCUCCGCCUGCUGGUGACGGCUCCCCCCGCCGCGCCCUACACCAGGCACUACGUCGCCAGCAUCAGCGGUUUAGAGGCGGACAUGGCGCCGGCCGUGACUCCUCUCCGCCGCUACCAGCUGCCCGAGGCCGCGCUCCUACUGCUGAGAGACCUGGCUCCCUCCCCCUCCCCACACGACGCCCAGCUCCAGCGGUUCACGGCCGCCCUGCAGCAGUUCACGGACUACGUGAAGGACAACCCCGACUACCUCACAGACGAACUCAUCUUCAAGUGA